GUCUUUCCUUGAUCUUGAAGGCAACCAGCUACAGAGUGUAAACCUUACUAUUUUUGAAUCACUGGGAUUGAUGUUGAUUAAUGGAAACCCGUUACUUAAGGUACUUGGAGGUGGCCCUCUAAAUGUUCAAGACCAAUGGGAAUCAAAAUGGUCUGUUUUGCUGUCUAAUAACCCAUGGGACUGCUGUAGGGCUUUACCAUUAAAGAGAUGGUUAAACUCUCACCAAGCAAUCAUACCCAAUUUGGUAGACAUUCACUGCAUGCGAGGCAAUUUGACCGAGCUGGUUCCUUUAUUUGAAAUCAGUGAUUCGAACCUUACAUGCAUUCCAGAGCCGCCAAUACCAUUCCAGCAGAGUUCGUACUUCCAUGCAAUUAUAGGAGUACUUGUUGUUGUAUCUCUCAUCCUUACAACUGUAUUACUUUUUUAAACGAUUUGAAUCACAUAUAAAACUUAAGUUCUUUAUCUGGUUUGGUUGGCGAUUCGACAGGAUAGACAACAGUAAUAAACAAUAUGACGCAUUAUUGUCAUACAGUGGGCUCAAUGGUGAUUGGGUGCGUGAUGAAUUGCUGAUAAAACUUGAGGAAGCUGGGUAUAAGCUCUGUUUACACGAACGUGAUUUCAGAGGAGGAGAACCUAUCAUAGACAACAUAAAUAAUGCCAUAGACAACAGCAAGAGGACAAUUAUUGUUCUUUCGAAUGAGUUUUUACAUAGUGGAUACACUAUAUAUGAAUUUGUAAGGUCAUAUGAUGAUUGGGUUAUGGGUGAACGAGAUCCUGUCAUCUUGGUGCUCUAUGAUCCGAUAGAUAUUUUGGACAAAGAUGAGUUAGCAAAACAUCCAACCAUGAAUACGUAUAUAUCUACAAGAACCUAUCUUGAGAGAAAUAAUAAAUUCUUCUGGGAAAGUAUUAUUCUUGCAAUGCCCCGACAACGAAGGAAAAACACAGAUGUCAGUGAUUUUAUGCUACAGUGAAUAUGCACGUGGGUUUUGAUUGAAUUAUAUACAUGUAAGACAGUAGUCUCCACAUUUAGAUGAUCCUGCACUCAUCAUGGUCUA